UGUGACAAUGUAUAUAAAGUCAUAAUUGUUCGGUGAGAUAUAGUCGUGCAUACGCAUCGAUAAAGCCAUGGCGAGGUUUGAACUGACACAUACGUUAUUCCACAUUUUAGCAGGCGCAAUCGCAGUCUCAUCUCUCGAAGCGACAUCGAGCGCGGACACACUAUCAGAGCAAUGGGAGGCCACGUCGAUAGUUCUGCCUCGCGGCAGACCCGUGAAUCAAACCCUAGGACCUGAAACCUCCGUGUACUGCAAGCUGACCGACCCCACACAGCGCGUUGUCUUCGAGGGCCAUGGCCGAUGCAAUUUGGUUUUGGACAGGGUGACCAACAAUCACGCUGGCAUUUGGGUCAUGGAUGUGGGACUACAAGGGAAUAUGCUGACGACUACGUAUAGAAUCACUGCGCUAGUUCGGGGAACUGGAGACAAGCCAACAGUAUCCACCUACGUGGCCAAAGAGCAGCCAGAAGUGACCCUUAAGUGCUCUGUGCCCGUCGAGUACGAAGUCAAGUCGUGCCUGUUCCAAGACCCGACCGGCCGCGUGAUCAUGUCCACUGAAGGCGCUUCCGAGGACCGCUACAUCUCCUCUGGCUCUGGCACCACUGUGAGCGGUGGCGUCACGAUGCACGAGUGCGGGCUCCGCAUCACGGACCCCGCGGUCUCGGACCUGGGCAUCUGGCGCUGCGCCGUGGAGACUGAGCAGGACGUCUACUACGGCUUCCUCACCGUGCUGUGCCCCUGGUCCAUGCAGGAUCCUGACAUCGCCGCUGCUGUCGUCUCAGAACCGACUCUGUCGUCAACGCGCACGGAGUUGGUGCACAUGGCUGGCGAGAGCAUGACCUUGAGUUGCUCCAUCCAGUCUCCAAUCAGGUACUGCUACUUCAGGGCGCCCAACGGCAGGACCUACAGCGUUUCUCCAGCCAGCAACACGGACGAGUUCGAAUACGUCGGCGCGGGUCUCGACUCAGGCGAAUGCGGCAUCAGGUUCAACAGGCUGCUGUCGCAGGAGGAGGGGCACUGGCCCGCGGGCCGCUGGAGCUGCCACGUGGGGCUGCCCGAUGAGACUGAGGCCGAACAGAGGGUCAACAUGCAAGUCCAGAUUAAUCGCCCCAUCGAAGUUAGCCAGUACCUAAACUCUGCGAGUGACCUAGUGAUGGAAGCUGAUGUGUUCCAACAGCAAGCCGUGGAGUACUGUCGCUAUGUACGCAUUGAUGGAUUUGGUUUUACGUCAGCAACUCUCCCCGAGUCUCGCUACUCGUCCACCGAGCAGCGCGCGCGCGGGCACUGCGGGCUCCACAUCUCCGGCCCCACCAUCCUGGACCUCCACCCAUGGACUAUUGCUGCCAAGAUUGUGGGCAGGGAAGAGGAGGUUCUAGAUAUCACCAACCAUAGCAUGAAUGUACCUUCCGAGCCUGAAACUACUGCAUCGAGAAACAACGUCUGGAUCUGGUGCACUGCAACCAUUUCCGGAGCGAUUCUGAUCGCCGCGGCCAUCAUGUUUAUCCCGUCCAAGAACAGGGCCCGCGCCAACUCCUGGAAGAACAGCCUUCGCGCCAGCCUCACCAAGAAGCCCCUACCAGCUGAUUCUGCGCCUAACUCCACCCCACCCGCUAUGAGCGCGUGAAAUUAAAAAAAAUAUGUAAAGUUUUUAAAAAAUCACGCCAUCCGCCUUAGAGCGUGAAAUUAAGUGAAAUACCUCUCUAACAUAAAAAUAUUUCUGACUAUAUACUUGAUAUUAAACGCAUUUUACAUUUA